UUCUAUAAAAUAAUACUAACAGUUUAACUUUGACUAGCGUGUGUAUUACAAGUCGUUCGGUGCAAUGAUUAGUGAAGUUUGUUUUGUAAAUAUUAUUUUUACAAUAGAGUAUAGAGGAUAUUCUAAUACCGUAGAAGGUUGAUACAAAGUCAACUCGAUAUAUUCUCUUGACAGAAAGUUAAGAAAGGACGUUGGAUAAUUGUCACACGCACUGUAAAAGACGAAAGAUCGUUAAUAUAUACUUGAACGCUUAUCUAAAUAUUCAUCGACAAAGCUCCGCAGUAAUCUUGAUCGAUCCGUUCGCGAAUGUUUUCUUUUCUUACCUACUCGCUCGCUCGUUCGCUCGGCUCUCCUAACAAUAACAAGUUUUCUUCUUGACGGUUAAACAAAUUUGUCAAACGAUCGAUCGUACGAAGGACAACAUGGAAGAACCUCGCCUGAAUAAUGAUAAAGUGGAAUUAAAUAAUAAAGGAUUACACGAUAAUGCGAAUGAUGUUGAAAAAAUUGUUACAUCAAAGGAUAUUGUUGUAUCUGUUGAUACGACGGACAAAAGAUCGCAAGCUUACAACACACGAGCUGUUAAUACUUUUGCAGCGAAGAAAACUGUAGCCCAGGGUAUGAUGGACGUAGCGUUGAUUACAGCUAAUGCUAAUCAGUUAAGGUACCUUAUUGAAUAUCAACGAAAUAGUCCUACCUUUUACGUUAUUCUGAUUCUCAUUGUCAUCAGUCUUUUGCUACAGAUCGCCGUUGGUGUAAGUUUAAUUUUUAAAGGCAGAUUCGAUAUGAAAGGACAAUCAAAAUCACUUAAUGCACGAAAAAUUAAUAAUUAUGUUGUCGUUGGUGUGUUUCUUAUAACUAUUAUUAACGUUUUUGUCGCUGCAUUUAGUAUAACUACACCGGCUACCAUGGAUGUAUCAUCUACGUCUAUGGCUACGUAGAUAUUACUCAUGCAAAACAUAUAAUGUUCAUUUUCAACAUUACAGAUUUUCCCAUAAUAAUUUUAUUAUUAAUUUAUACCCUGUUUGUUUGUAACAAUACUUUGCAAAUAAUAUGAAUGCACUAGAAACAGUA